GGGCGGAAGAGGCGGGCUGGCAGAGGUGGGGUCGAGAUGGCGGCGCCUUUGAGGAUUCAGAGCGACUGGGCCCAAGCUCUCAGGAAAGAUGAAGGGGAGGCCUGGCUAAGCUGUCAUCCCUCAGGGAAACCAUCUUUGUAUGGCAGCCUAACUUGUCAAGGAAUUGGCCUAGAUGGUAUCCCAGAGAUUACAGCUUCAGAAGGAUUUAUUGUGAAUGAAGUAAAUAAGAAAAGUAUUCAUAUUUCAUGUCCAAAGGAAAGUGCAUCAUCCAAGUUUUUGGCACCAUAUACUACUUUUUCCAGAGUUCAUACAAAGAGUAUAACAUGCCUGGAUAUUUCCAGUGGAGGAGGCCUUGGUGUAUCUUCUAGUACUGAUGGGAGCAUGAAGAUCUGGCAGGCUUCCAAUGGAGAACUCAGAAGAGUAUUGGAAGGACAUGUGUUUGAUGUGAAUUGUUGCAGGUUUUUCCCAUCAGGCCUUGUGGUUCUGAGUGGGGGAAUGGAUGCCCAACUGAAGAUCUGGUCAGCUGAAGAUGCUAGCUGUGUGGUAACCCUCAAAGGUCACAAAGGAGGUAUUCUAGACACAGCCAUUGUUGAUCGGGGCAGGAAUGUGGUGUCUGGUUCUCGAGAUGGGACAGCACGCCUUUGGGAUUGUGGGCGCUCAGCCUGCUUAGAAGUCAUUGCAGACUGUGGUUCUUCCAUCAAUGGAGUGGCGGUGGGUGCUGCUGACAACUCCAUAAACCUCGGCUCUCCUGAGCAGAUGCCCAGUGAACGAGAGGUUGGAACAGAGGCAAAAAUGCUGCUGGUGGCCCGGGAGGAUAAGAAGCUUCAGUGCUUAGGACUACAGAGCAGGCAGCCGGUGUUCCUCUUUGUUGGCUCAGAUGCCUUCAACUGCUGUACUUUUCUGUCUGGCUUCUUGCUGUUGGCUGGGACACAAGAUGGAAACAUUUAUCAGCUGGAUGUGAGGAGUCCAAGGACUCCAGUGCAAGUCAUCCAUAGAUCAGGAGCACCAGUUCUGUCCCUGUUGAGUUUCAAAGAUGGAUUCGUUGCUAGCCAAGGUGAUGGAAGCUGUUUCAUUGUCCAGCAAGACUUAGACUAUGUCAUUGAGCUCACUGGCGCUGACUGUGACGCUGUGUACAAGGUCAAUUAGUUUCUCUAUUCUGGAGUCAAUUCCAUCAAUUUUGUGAGUACAUAUACAAGAAGUCCUCAAGUUACAAACAUCUGACUUAUGUACAUCUCAGACUUAUUAACAGACGCUGUUAUAAGUAAUAGGUAAAUAUACCAAUUCCAACUUACAUACAAGUUCAACUUAAGAACAGAUCUACAGAACCUAUCUCCUUCAUCACUUGGGGACUGCCUAUAUCAUAUAUAUAAUUCUUCUCUUGCUUUUGGAAUCAGUAAAGCUUGUCAGACUCUCUUGGAAUAGUGUGAGUCAGUGAUAGGGCUCCAUCUUUUUGGAAUGGAAGAAUCCCAGGCUUCCCCUGAACUAUGUAUUCUUUUUUUUUUGGUCCCCUCAGUAGAGUGCUAUGGCAUCACAGCUUAUAGCAACCUCCAGCUCUUAGGCUACGGCGAUUCUCUUGCCUCAGUCUCCCGAGUACCUGGGAUUACAGGUGCCUGCCACAACACCUGGCUAUUUUUGUUGCAGUUGCCACUGCUGUUUUAGCUGGCCGGGGUCGGGUUAGAACCCGUCACCCUCAGUAUAUGGGGCCGGCGCCCUACCCACUGAGCCACGGGCGCCGCCCUGAACUAUGCAUUCUUG